AAAGAAUCAAGAUGUAAGAGGCGAUAUUUUUUGGAUGCCAGAGAUGACGGGUUUUAUAACUUCCGUUACGGGGGAUUUCAAGCGUCGUGUACGUGUGCGGUCGCUGGUCGGUGCUUGAUUCGCUUUUGGAACUUCAGAGAUGGAGCAGAUCUGAUGUGGCUCCAAAGUGGGUGGGGGAGCUAUUCAUUGGAUGAUGGUGAUGCUGGUCGGAGUCGGAUUAUGAGAUGAUAAGGAUAGAUCAAGAAGUUGAGCAGCGCAGGUCACAGAAGACAUAAGAACAAAUUAUUCAAUUAUUGAUUAUAUAAAUACAGGAAUUGUAGCCAAGAUGCUCCUGCUGGCUAAAGGACAAGAUACAAGUCUUGAAAGUCUUGCCUUGGAAGAAGCAAAAGCGUCGCGGCAAUAGAAAAUCGAUUAAAAAUUAUUCUUUCACUCUAGAUGGUCCUGUGAGCUGAAAUCCCGGACUAGUAUCGGGUACACAGCCCACUCCAUGAACUGUUAUUCCGGUGCGGGGCUCCUGGCGUUUCCAAGAAUCAUACAAUUUUAUUAUUGCUGACAGGUUCAGGAGCGGACCCCACUUUGAAAUCUGCGACAGAGACGGCAGUUUCACUUCUGGAAUAGUGUUCUGGAGUGGCUCUAUAAAAGCUUCAACGAGUGCGAUUCUGUUAAAAAUUUUCCUGGCCUGUCUCAAGUCUCCAGCCGGACGUAAGGAAAACCCACAAGUCUUCUCCUUCAUACUUCCCAAUCCAUUAUCAUUCUUUAUGUCGCGUUCACCUAAGAAAGUUGAAGUUUUUUCACCCUAAAACCUUCACUCUUGUGAAGCUUGUAUUCUGUAGUCCGGUUUUGAUGCAGCACUUUUGUUUUUCCUGUUCCUGGCAUCUUCUUGGUUGCUCUGAGGCAAUGAGUUCUUAUAGCUUGAAUGAUGUCCUGUGCGUGCUUAAAGAAGUCCCAUUUGGAGUUUGCCAGAAAUAGGAGUUUUUGUUGGGUGGGUUUCCAGGUUUUCUCGCUCUUUAUUUUUAGUUGUAUAUUUUGUCUCCUGGGAUAGUUGGAAAUUUGUUGGACUCAGUAGGUUUCAUUUAUUUCUAUUUUAAAAACUUUUCUCCUCCCGUGCCUGUGUACUUGAAUAUGGUCUGUUAGGCCUUUCUCUGGUUAGCUGUUAUAUGUUUAUGUGUUGGUGUUGAGAUAAAUGGAGGAGAUUGCAAAGGCAAAUAGUGCAGCUGUUCAAAGCUGCCAUAGAGUUAUUAGCAUCUUAUCUCAACCACAAAACCAGCAUCAGUGUAGGAAUCUAUCAGCGCAAACAGGAGAAGCUGUGCAUAGCUUCAAGAGAGUUGUUUCUCUUCUUAGUCCUGGCUGUGGGCAUGCCAGAGUUAAAACACACAAGAAAUUUCACACCCCUUUGCCCCAACAUAUGUUCUUGGAAAAUCCUAUCGUUGAUCAGGAGCAGCAGCCAGAACGGCCCCUCCAACUCCUUCCAAUUAACCCUGUUGAGAGCGAGAGCAAGAGCAAGAGCAAUCCACCUCAAGAACUCGCAUCUGUUGCUCUCACAUUGGGGAACUCUUCUUUAGAAGGUAAAAAUCCUCACAUGCCUCAAAGAACCCUGCUGCCCAAUUACCAUUUUCUCCAGAGACAACAUCAGCAGAGGCUUCAGCUUCAGAUUCAGAUUCAGCAGCAGGCUGAAGCUAUGUACCGUCGGAGUAACAGCAGCAUUAGCCUGAAUUUUGACAGCUCCACCUGCACUCCAACCAUGUCGUCCACUAGGUCUUUUCUCUCCUCUUUGAGCAUGGAUGGGAGUGUUGCUAAAUUGGAUGGAGGAAGCAGUAACCCCUUCCGGUUAAUGGGUGCCGCUCGCUCUGCUGAUCAGGGCUCUUAUCAUCACAAGAGGAGAUGCACUGGAACAGGAGAGGGUGGGAGUGCCAAGUGUGGAGGCACUAAUGGUGGUAAAUGUCAUUGCGCUAAGAAGAGGAAGCACAGGAUCAAACGGGUUGUCAAAGUUCCAGCUAUUAGUAACAAGGUGGCUGAUAUCCCGCCAGAUGAAUACUGCUGGAGGAAGUAUGGUCAGAAACCUAUCAAAGGUUCUCCUCAUCCCAGGGGAUACUACAAAUGCAGCAGCAUGAGAGGCUGCCCCGCAAGGAAACAUGUGGAGAGGUGCUUAGAAGACCCUGCAAUGCUUAUUGUCACAUAUGAGGGCGAGCAUAAUCACCCAAGGCUGCCUUCACAAGCACCAGCCAACACAUGAAUAUUUUAGCGUCGGGAUCAUGUCAACUACAGGUACUCAGCACCCUAAAUUCCUCUGAAAUAUGUUGAAUUGCUGCUGGUGUAUAUAUGUUGAUUGUUUAACCUGAGGAGGGGAUGGUAUUCAAGUCAAAUCUUCAAUAUUUUUGAAACUCUCCAUUUCUAGGCAAUGGUAGAAAAGAAACUAGCUAGUCUAAGUUGUGUGGUUUCCUAGAUUGUAAUUUGUAAGGGAAAUAGCUCCAUCAUCAGUUCUCUCUGAAAGAAAAAUUAGAAGCCUCAGUUACUACCCUAUUCUGUUGUGUUCACUUCGUCUAUGCAUUACUGACUAAGAAGAAGGUUUCAAUUUUCACACUUUACUCAUUCCUUGAAAGGUAUGUUUUCCAUUAAAGAAAAAUAAAUGGUGCAGUACACAAACAUUAGCUGGAAUGGUUGUUGAUGAACCUUUUUUUGUUUCUUUCUUUUCUUUUCAUUCUAGAACAGCAAAACCCAUUACCUUUUCUGGUUUGGACAAUAUGUCCAUUGUGAAUGAAUUAUCAUGGAAUCUAUUCACUCCCUUCUUUUGUUCUGAUUCUAAUUUGAUGUGGAUGCGAUUCCUUCUGCCAAAAACAUGACCAUUUUUGUCCAAAAUAAAUAAGAAAAAAAGGGUUGGCUCUCGAUAUCUAGAAAUCUGCAUAAACAAGUGUCAUUGUAAAGAAUGAGUACAACAGCUAAUGAUUAUUAUAUAUUGUACAAAGGCAAUGAGUGAUUGAGCGAGUGAGAGAGAUGGAGAUCUUCAUCGUCGUCAUCAUCAUCCAUUAUAAUGUUAUAUUGGUGCUAAAAAACUGACACUUACCAGUGUUGGUGAUGCUUUGUUAUUUAUAUCAGUGGAUGACACGUAUGAUGCAAUACUUUGGCGGCUAUGUUUGCGUCUUAAUUACUGCUUACUCUGACAAAAUCAAAUUUCAUUACCACCUGCAUGCCUUAGUUGAUUAUACCAAUAGGGUGUGUAUGGAUUUGUAAUUACUAGCUUUUCAAAGGAGAUUGUUGCGUAUAUAUUUUUUGAAUAUUUAGUAUGAUAUGAUAAUUUUAUUGAUUGUUUUGGGGUUAUAUGUCAAUUAUUGCUGUAUACAAAGCUGCAUGAUUCACUAAUAACACAUUCUAUUCUCAGCCAGUUUGUUAUUUUUUAUUUUUAUUUUUAACAAGGUUUUAAUAGACGCUUAAUAUCAAUGAUACUUGAUAUUUAACAAUACUAAGUAGAUCGCUGUUAAAGAUAUGCUAAUUUUGUUUACUAUUAAUGGUUGGUUAAUUAAUUAGAUUAAUGAUUACUGUUUUAUUUAUUUAUCGUUAUCGUUUUCAUUUCAACCUUCAAUAUUACAGCACAUCCAAUGUGGCAAUUCAUAAAUGGAUAGUUUCAGCACCCAAUUAUAUUAUUAUUCUAUGAGAGGAUUCUGGUGCGUUUGGUAACAUCCCACAAUCUGAUAUCUGUCUCUUUCAUUGCACUGCACUCAUUAUCUUCCAAUACUUGGUGCUUAACUUAGUUAUUUUCAACGCUGUACCCGAAACUUUGAAAUUUUAAACCACCUAGUCAAAUAAAUAAUAGCCUAAAAUAGAGUAGUAAAACUUUGUAGUAGUUUGAUCCAGUCUUUUAAGAGUAUUGCCUAAAUAAGCAUAUAGAUGGUCGGCUCCGUUUAUAUAUAUGUUUUGAGGAAUAUUUGAAAUUUGGAAAUGCUUAGAUUGUGAAUUUGAUGAUGAUAAGGUAAUUUUGAUAAAGUCCAAA